GUAUCUGAUCACGGCUCCUCUCUCUCUGCGUCUUGAUGCCGUGGAGACGGUAUUGCUGCAGCUGUUCGGUUUCACUGACGAGGUGACGGUCUACGUGUUCUUGAAGACCUCUAUGGCUCCGGAUCACGUGGUUCUGGCUCAGGAGGUCGUGACUCUUAACGCUCAGAACCACCACCAAGCCGCCGCCAAAGUCCAGCUGCACCCAGAUCAGCUGGGUAAGAGCGUGAGUCAUGUGACUCUGCACAUCCAAUCAGCAGAGAUCAACCAGCACCUGUCUGUCUCUGUCAGCCACACCAACGGCUUCCUGUUUGUCCAGACCGACAAACCGCUGUAUACCCCGCACCAGAGCGUCAAAUUGAGGGCGUUCUCCCUGAACGAGGAGCUGAGGCCGGCCAAUCGCAGCGUCUUCCUGACCUUCAAGACCACAGUGGACAUAGUGGAGAUGAUCGAUAUGAACAAUGGAAUCCCGUCGAUGCAAAACCCAUUCAAGAUCCCCAUUAAACCAAAGUUGGGGAUUUGGACCAUUGAAGCCUCUUACGCUGAUGAUUUCACUACAACAGCGAGAGCUGACUUUGAAGUUAAAGAAUAUGUUCUUCCCAGUUUCUACAUCCACGUGGAACCAGAAGCUAACUACGUUAGCUACGCAAGCUUCAACCGUUUCAGCUUCAAGGUCUCAGCCAGGUACGUCCACGGAGCUCCGGUGGCUAACGGGGAAAUGUACCUCCGCUACGGCUACGUUAGCGGAAAGACUCCUCCAGUUAUCAUCCCAAGCUCCAUCAGAAAAGAGAUUUUGUCGUCUAAAGGUGAAGUGGACGUGACCGUGAACAUGGAGAAGGUCCUCUCAAAACACGAUGGACCCAAAGACCUCAAUAGUCUGGUGGGGAAGUACCUUUACAUCGCUGUCCUGCUGCAGGAGGACACAG